AUGAACAAGAGCUACCAGGGGAUUGUUCAGAGUCAGCUUUUGACUGAAGGCCCUUGGUCCAUAUGGCCUGCAUUUGCAGGUGGACAGACAGUGCUAAGGAAUCACAAACCCUGCUACGCCCCGAAGGAGAGACAGUCUAACAGUAAACAGGCCCUUCUCACCAUUCCAAAGCCACCAUACUUGGAGCAAAUGGUGUCCUACUUAAAGAAGGAGCUGCAGGCUCUUGACUGCUGUAAAGAGAAUGCCCAGGAACUGAAGUUACUGCCCUACAGAGAGGUCUUUGAAUUCUUCAUAGACAGCUUCAAGACCUAUAAGCCCCUGCUGUCUGCUAUAAGGUAUGAAUAUGAAGUUACUUUGGAUUAUCAGAAGAGAAGGAUCCAUGAACUGGAGCCCCUGAAGGCAAUGGUUGCAACUGCCUCAGAGGAGUGCAUCCUGCAGAUACUGGCACUGCAGGAAAAGCAGAAAAAGGAAAUAAGAAUACUAGAGCAAGAGAAACAACAUUUGUUAAAGAUCAUUGGCCACAUGAAGGAAGAAGAGAAUUCUCUUCAGACUCGGGUGGAGAGUCUGCAGGCAAGCGUAGCUGAGGAGUAUUCCCACUAUUUCAAUAAGCAGAGUGCCCGCAAACUGCUUCUGGAAAAACUGAAUGAUAUGAAUGCACAGCUGGACACGAGACCUCGCCAAGAACAAGUGGCUGUUGUCAAGGGUGAAGAUGUGGUGAAAUUAACUUUGGCGUUGAAGGUAGCCCAGCAGGACCUCGCAAAAGCCUAUGCAAUGCUAAACCAAAUGAAAGCAAGCUAUGGACAUGACAUGCCCAGGAGAGAUUUUGAAUUACUGGAGAAAAAGUACUCCGAUUUACUUCAGGAGACGAAGACUCUGCAGAAGAGUUUUGAUCAGCUCCAUAAGGAGUAUGAAACACUUUUGGAAAUCCAAAGAGAGACUGCAGAAGAGCGAGACAACUUCCAUGCUGAACUCCAGCGAGUUCAGCACAACACAACACCCCGGCCAAAACAGGCGAAGUGUUCAGAGGUGAUUCCUGGUGGGGUUGACCAGUGACAUCGUCUGGCUGAGGGGAAGCCCAGUGAUGAGCUUGUGGAUGUGCGGCUGGAAGAAAUAGGAACAAGAGUGCUAAAAGAGAUAAAGGUCUUCUGUGGACAUGGAAAAGGUGGCAGUAUUCCUGUGUACCUAAGGCACGAAGGUGAAGUCAGGAACAGAAAGGUGACUAAGAAGGAUGUGGUGAACAUCCGAAAGGAUGUCUGGAAGGAGAAAAUUGCACUAGAACAGCAGGUGGGCGAAGAACAGUACCACAGCCAGAAUCAGCUCAUUUCCAAUCUGCAGGAGGAGUUCGCUGCCUGUGACAGCUCAGACAGUGGAUCCUUGACCAGCAAGCAGUUCAGCACGGCUCUGAGGGAAGCUUUUCCCCUGAAAAGGAAAGAGUCAAUCCAGGAACUGUUUGAUGCAAGCAGGUGCAAGUUGGACAGCAAUGAAGACCUCAUUGACUACUUAUCCUUAUUCAAAGAGGAUGAGGAAGGGAAUGCUGAACCUUUUGUUGCCAAGCUCAGGACCCAGUAUGUCAGGGAGAAGCAGUAGCAUCUAAGACAGCUGAAGAAUGAGUUGGGAAAUGUAACAGUGAUUGAGUUGUUUUUGCACAGGGAGGUGAAGGCAGAUGAUCUGAAGACCUCCUUCUGCACGAUCAAUCCUGGUAUUGAUGAUCAGAUGCUGGAUACCUAUAUUGGCCUGGCUUACUAGGUCCAAACAGAUGAGCCAGCCCAAGAAGUUGUGACCGUGAAAACUGUCCUUGAGAGACUGACUACUGGAGAUGUGAAAUGAGUAGGGCCGUCACCCAGGGUAGGAAGCAUGACAGGCUUUGAAGGAGAUCAAGAAGACCUCCAGUGUUAA